CCCACCAAACACACAAAGCCAUUAAAGGCGGCCGGGCUUCCCAUCUCCCCACCGGAAAACCACCACGCCCCGCCGCUCUCCCUCCUCCUCUCCCUCUCUCCAUGGCAUAAGGCCGCGGCAAGAAGAAGCUAGCUUCCCUCACCUGCAAGAGCGGCAUUGCUGCUCUUUCCUCCGGCCAGCUACUGUAGUUCUUGGUCGGCAUGGCGGCGGGAUUGCUGCUGCCGCAGGCGGCCAGGCUCUGCUUCUGCGUCUGGGCCGUCGCCGUCCUCUCGCUCGCCGGCUCCUCGGCCGCCGUGAACGGCACGAGCGCGGUCAGCGAGGCGGUGGUGGUGGACGCGCGGGCCGCCGUGGCGGAGACGGACUCGGCGUUCGUGUGCGCGACAUUGGACUGGUGGCCGCCGGAGAAGUGCGACUACGGCACCUGCGCCUGGGGCCGCGCCGGCCUCCUCAACCUGGACCUGUCCAGCAAGAUCCUGCAGAACGCCGUGAAAGCCUUCUCCCCUCUCCGGCUACGGCUCGGCGGCUCCCUGCAGGACCUGGUGGUCUACGGCACCGGCGACACCGGUGCGCCCUGCUCUCCCUUCACCAAGAACACGUCGGCCAUGUUCGGGUUCACGCAGGGCUGCCUGCCCAUGCACCGGUGGGAUGAGCUCAACGCCUUCUUCCAGAAAUCCGGUGCACAGAUUGUCUUUGGGCUGAAUGCGCUGAAUGGCCGGGUCCCAAUGCCUGAUGGCUCCAUGGGAGGGCCAUGGGAUUACACCAAUGCUGCCUCUUUCAUCCACUACACUGUCAGCAAGGGAUAUGAUAUCUAUGGCUGGGAGCUUGGAAACGAACUCAGUGGCAGUGGAGUUGGGACUCGGGUCGGUGCAGAUCAGUAUGCCGUGGAUGUGAUCAACCUGAACCAAGUCGUUGACAAAGCAUACCAAGGAUCAAAACCGCUGGUGAUCGCGCCGGGAGGCUUCUUCGACGCGGGUUGGUUCACCGAGCUGGUAGCCAAAACAAAGCCGAACCAGAUGGAUGUGAUAACUCACCAUAUCUACAAUUUAGGCCCCGGUGUCGACACGCAUCUCGUUGAGAAAAUUCUCAACCCCUCUUACCUUGAUAAUAUGGUAAGCACGUUCAGUAACCUUCAGGGGAUACUGAAGUCCGCAGGGACAUCCACCACCGCGUGGGUCGGCGAAGCUGGAGGGGCUUACAACAGUGGCCACCACCUUGUAACUGAUGCAUUUGUGUUCAGUUUCUGGUACCUGGAUCAACUCGGGAUGUCCGCCAAGUACGACACAAAGAGUUAUUGCAGGCAAACCUUGGUUGGAGGGAAUUACGGCCUGCUCAACACAACAACAUUUGAACCAAAUCCUGAUUACUACAGUGCUCUGCUAUGGCAUCGCCUCAUGGGAACCAAGGUUCUCUCCACGACAUUCAACGGCACAAACAAGAUCCGUGCUUAUACACAUUGCUCAAAAGAUUCGGAAGGGAUCACCCUACUCCUGAUCAACCUCAGUGGCAACAACACAAACCACAUCUAUGUGAACAGCGAGGGCGCCCAAGAGUUCGCGCAUCCCCAUGGCGCAAAGGAGCACAGAAGGUCCAUUCCGAAGCUCGGCGAAACAGCUGGGCUCACAAGGCAGGAAUACCACCUCACCGCCAAAGAUGGGAACCUGCAGAGCCAACAUAUGCUGCUCAAUGGCAAUGUGCUGGCAACUGGUGCCAAUGGAGCCAUCCCCAAGCUGGAGCCUGUGCAGGUUGAGGGAACAGAGCCCAUAACCGUGGCCCCUUACUCCAUUGUCUUUGCUCAUAUUCCAGGCUUUUAUGCUCCUGCAUGUAGGUAAAUUGUUGAUUGGUUUUUGUGGGAAAUUAUUCCGUUAUCGUAGGUUAGAGGAAGUGCUGGUGGGUGAGAAGCAAAGCAUGCUCACCUGCAAAUGAAGUAAGCUGUAAGGCUGCAAUGUUUGUGAUUCAUCAUUGUUUUCAUGAAACGAAAUGUCAAGAAAGUUUGUGCGUGCACAUGAAAGGAAAUGAAAUGGGGAAAAUGAUUUCGACAUUCUGUUCA